GACUGUGGGCUAGACCAUUCCUGGGUACGGGAUCCUGGACUAUAUACAUUGAUCUGGGUAGCAGCGUGCUUCCACAGUCGUCUAAGUUCUGAUUACCAAUGCGAUGUGAUCAGCCAUUUCAAGAUUUUUUUUUUCCUGCUUUGCUUUUUUACUAUGAACUAUGAGCCAGAGCAAACCCAGUUUUCCUUAGCUUGUUUUUGUCACAGCUGCAGGAACAGAAACCAAGACCUUGCCCAGUGACCAAGUCUUAUUGUGUGGUAAGGUAGUGAUUAAGUUCACUAGGGUAGGAGCAUAGUUUUAAACACAAGAAUCCACUGUCCUUUCAACGGAAUGAUUUUUGAUUCAUUUAAUUUUCAGAAAAUUCUAGUCUCUUGUCAUCUAUUCCAGAAGCUUUCGGUAGAGGGCGGCUAAAGGCUCCCGGUGAAAAGCAGGCGCCAUUGGAGCCUCAGUGGCCACCGCAACCAGCAACCACUGUGCUUGCAGAAGCUUGGGGAGGGUGGAGCCGGAGGCCGGGAGGCUAGAGCCAGAGAGCACCGCGUGGGAGGACUGCACAGGGCCAGGCGCGCGUGCGGGCGGUGCAGGGAGCGGUGCUGGAGGUUGCGAGGCUGUGCAGAGAGCUCCGGCGGGUGCAUAAGGCAGAGAGGGGGCAGGACAGGGGCAGGACGUUGCAUUGGGCGUUGCACUGGAGGUGCAGGGCUCUGGACAUUGCACUGGGGGUGCAGUGCACAGGGCGGUGCGGGGCGCAGGGCAGCUGACAGCGUCAUCAGGCGGGAGCAGCGCGCGCUCCGCCUCAGCAGCCACCGCAUCGCGCAGCGCACAGCAGGUCCCGGAGCUGUGCCUGGAGACCUGCGGCUCUGAGCCGGCUCUCCCCAGGUAUCUCCUGGUCAGUAGCUGGAGUUCUGAAGCAACAUGCCGGAACAGAGCAACGACUACCGGGUGGCGGUGUUUGGGGCAGGUGGUGUUGGCAAGAGCUCCCUCGUUUUGAGGUUUGUGAAAGGGACCUUCAGGGAGAGCUACAUCCCGACUGUGGAAGACACCUACCGGCAGGUGAUCAGCUGUGACAAGAGCAUAUGCACGCUGCAGAUCACCGACACCACCGGGAGCCACCAGUUUCCGGCCAUGCAGCGGCUGUCCAUCUCCAAAGGCCACGCCUUCAUCCUGGUCUACUCCAUCACCAGCCGGCAGUCCCUGGAGGAACUCAAGCCCAUCUAUGAGCAGAUCUGCGAGAUCAAGGGGGAUGUGGAGAGCAUCCCCAUCAUGCUGGUGGGUAACAAGUGUGAUGAGAGCCCCAACCGCGAGGUCCAGAGCAGCGAGGCAGAGGCCCUAGCCCGCACGUGGAAGUGCGCCUUCAUGGAGACGUCCGCCAAGCUCAACCACAACGUGAAGGAACUCUUUCAGGAACUCCUCAACCUGGAGAAGCGCAGGACCGUGAGCCUCCAGAUCGACGGCAAGAAGAGCAAGCAGCAGAAGAGGAAGGAGAAGCUCAAGGGCAAGUGCGUGGUCAUGUGAGAGGCCUUUGUGCAGGAGCUGCUGCUCUCAGGGCCUCUCUCUUCCUCCCCUCUGUGAAUCCCCACUGUCGUCAGGGCAGCAUGUCUGAUGCCCGUGUGUUAAACAUUGCAUUUGGCUGCGACACACCCUGCAAUGUCCUUCAGAGGCAUUCCACACACCCCACUAGCCCACCCCCCUCAGGAGAUGCAGAACCUGGGAUGCAUCUUAGCAUCCCAGGCAGCCGAGGCCAGUCCUGAGUGGGCUUUAGCCAUUUGAAGAUGAGGGGACUCAGAGCUGUGAACACAGGAGAGUACUGUGUGAUGCAUGUGACAGCAGGUUAGCCCAUGUGACAGCAGGUUAGACCAUGGCUACCGGUACCAUCCCGCAUCAGGCAGCUUAGUUCAGAAGUCACUAACGUCUUUGGGGGAGGAGUAGGCAGGCAGUCGAAGGAGGUGAGAAACCAGUUGGUCCAACAUGGACCUGUGGAUCCCGUCCAUCACCCGUGAGUGGAUUUUUAGUGGGAUUAAAGACAAAAAUACCAUAACCCCCAUCUAAGCGAUACUCAUGCUAUUCCUACUGACACACACUGAGGGAUUGACCCCCUCUUUCUCAAAGCCUUCUUAGUAAGCACCGGGUCAACCUGUUAGGAGUAUACCCUUCAUAUGUAAUGCCAAGGCCACUUGUGGCAUGAUGCUGUGUCAGAACUUCUUCAGUUGAGUCAGGACAUUGUGACAUCAUGUAAACAUUGCAAUAACCACCCUGUGUGUGUGUGUGUGUCUCCCCUAAACUUUGAGGGUUCUAGAAAUGUGAACUAACUUUCUUCAGACCUUUGAGGGUUGCCACUUCUUCCAGCCCUCUGAUUUUUAAAUAAAAGGAAAUAAAGUAGGCGUGUUUUUAGACUCCCUCUUCCCCUCCCCCAAGAUGGUUUUCCUGUCUUAAAUAACUCAAUGAGUACCCAGCUGGGAACCAGCCAACCAAGAGCAUCUAAUAACCAGAAGCACAUCCAUUUUUUUCUAAAUGACGUGAGCAUGUAGAUGCUAUGCGUUGCACCUUAAUGAAAUACUUUGAAACAGACGUCGUUCACUGUGUUUUUAACGAUUUACCUACAUCAGAAGUAGAUUGCUAGAAAAUACAUCUAAUUCGUAGUAAAUCUUCUCCUCGUUCCUUGCUAAAUGCUCUUAAGAGUUCCUCAGAGCAGCGUGCAUCCCAGACACAAUCCUCUCCUAAGGACUUUUGAGUGCACCCCGUAUUCUUCAGAAGGAAUCAUAGCUACUGCUUGAGGGAUCAGUGGCCACAGUGGCUGCAGAUAGGUUGGGCUAAUCUCUCUUUCCUGGGCACAGUGCCCACGGCUUAGUGUAAUUUGCCUGCCAUCCUGGAGUCCAGCUGGAUUUUGAUUCUUGGAAAUUCUUACUUCCAUAGUCAAUGAGAAGGCUGGUCUUGGGUGCCAGCUUGACCAUUCUCUAAGCCAUCUUACCACUAACCAGUCCACAGGUAGAGGAGGCUGUAGCACUGUGUGAGCCUAUACAGUACUCUCAUGGCCAGCAGGCAUGGCCAGCGGGCAGAGGUCCCAAUGCUGGGGUGUUUUGGUCAGCCUCUUUCUUGCUCCACCAAAGCCUCCGAAGCACACUGUGUUCAAACACUCUUGCUUCCUUCAGACCUCUAUAAUUCAGUCUGGCCCUCUCUGCUCUGCCAAUCAUAACUCACCCUGGUGAUGUGCUGAGGGCCAGGGAGUUCCCUCAGAAAACUGUAUGCCUCAGCAAUCUUACCAUCUCCUUAGACCUCUAGAACAAAACCCUUGGGGUUACCUGGGCAAGCAGCCACACUGAGAAAUGAGGAAACCCAGGAACCAAGCAAGAAGAGCUUGGAGCCCUUGUGCCCCAUCCAAACCCACUCUGAGUCUCUUCUAUCUUCCCCAUUUGUUUCCAGUGGCCAUUCUCUAUCACAGUGAGAUGGAGUUAUGGAAUUUUCUAGAAUGUCUUCAAUUUGUUGUUCCAUUUCUCCUUUCAGAGAAAACAUAUCACCUUGUCAUUUAGAUUUGGGGAAAAGCGAGGGAAAGACCACUGCUCUGUGGAUGAUGUGACACAUGUUAUCUACACAUCAUAUAGAAUAUAUAUAUAUAUAUAUAUACAUAUAUAUAUACACACACACAUAUAUAUAUAUAUAUAUAUAUAUAUAUAUAUUUAUAUUUAUGGCCAUCCCUUUGCAGUAAAAUCCUGUCUGUCCUACCGACUGUCAUCGUGCUUCAGACACAAGCAUUGUGCCCCAUGCUUCCCUAUUUCCAGUGACCGCACAUCAGGGUUCUUUCAGCCCUGUAUGUCAGCUUCCAUAUUCCUAAGUGUUUCAGUCUUCAUUGACAAGAGGAUUUGCUACAGCUCCAUCCACAGUCUUUGCUCCUCUCUAUGCUGGCUGUGAGUUUAGAGGGUGGGAGGGAGGUUGGUGAAGCCUCCCUCCUUGGGCUUCAUUCUGACACUACCUUCUAUAGAUUGAGCCAAACAUUGGGUAGCUAUCUUAACAUCGCCUUUGGCAAACUUCCCUCUGACUCAAGGGCUGAGGACACAGUACUAUCGGGCCAGUGGCUUUCAGCUUUGCUUUGGUCCCAGCCCAAGUCAUGACGCUGAGACUCUUGGUAAUACCCUACAUUGCACAUGGGACUGGAAACUUCUGACCCAGCCUCAGCUCAUUAUAAAACUUGAAAACUUGCUUUGAAGAUGGCACUCUGGGGUUAAGCACGGGACUCCAUGAGAUCCCUAAUCCCCAUUGGUCCCCUCUCCAUUCAGUGACAAGCCAUGGGCACGCAUCUAAUGCAUCAAGUCCAACACAAGAGCAAUAUCCAAUUGUCCACUAGAUCUAAAAUUAUAUAUAUAUAUAUUAUGUAAUUUAUCUUCCUGCACUUUUAAAGCAUAAAGUAGUAAAUUGUACAUAUAUAAAUCUCUAUAUAUCAAUACGCUAGUAUAUUGGUUUCACUCUUUGUAACAUUCUUUGUAGAAGAAGAUGUACUAAAUAUUUUAAAAUUGCGCUGUGAUAUUCCUCCCUACCCCAAGUUUGUAACGUGUCGCUCCUACUCAAGCUGUUUGGAAACACCCAAAGCCAAAGGGGCAUAUGGAACUCCUACAGGAAGGACACCUCCUGGGAUUCAGUGGCUCACAAAGACCUUGUGUCAUUCAAGCAUCUGUGAUCAGAGUGAUCAUUGGCCUGUGAGACGCCGGCACAUGCUUCCACUGCAGCCCUUGCUGUUCCGGUUCCAUUUCUGGGUGUGUCUGACGUACUCUGUGGUUACGAGGAUCACCUUGUAUAAGGUUCUAGCGGCAGCGAUGGCCCCAGUCCACGGAACCAGUACAAUAAAGCUCAGUUACAGCA